UUGAUUUUCUCAUCCCAAACAUAUAUCCAAAGCCCUUUUCUUAGUUAACGCUCAUUAUUAAUCAUGGCCUAUUUCAAGUGCUCAAUCCUUGUUGCUUUCUUCAUUGCUUUGUCAUUUUCAAGCAUGGAUGUCGGCUUAGCGGCUCGCCAUCUCCUGCAAUUGCCUCCAUUGCCUUCUAUGCCAAAUUUACCAAAACCUGCAUUGCCGCCAAUGCCUACAAUUCCCAGUCUUCCACAGCCUACAUUGCCAACUUUACCAACCACUCAACCUUCGUUGCCUAAGCCUAUUCUGCCACCGCUUCCAAGCUUUCCCACCAUCCCUGCUGUUCCAAAGCUCACUUUGCCUUCAUUGCCAAGCAUGCCCUCUAUCCCAGCUACAAUUCCUUCUAUCCCGUUCCUUUCUCCACCGCCUGGCAACUAAUUAAAUCUUGGAACGUCCCUUUGCUGCACUUCCAUGGAAUUAUUUUGCGACACUGAUCAUAACUUGUUUUUAUAUUUAUUUUAUGUGUUUG